AUGAUAAUGAUAACAAUAACGACGACCAGUGGCAAUGACUUAGCAAUGACAACAAAACAACUAAUUCAACAAGCGCAUAAAGAAAAAAUAUCAAAGGCAUCAUUGGUAGCGAGUCAUAAAAAUCUUCUCGAUGGUCCAGCAAGACCAUCAUUUUGCAGUCUUAACGAUACUUUACCAGUAUUCCUCGAUGGAUGCAUGAUUCAGAACAAUAAAAUAUAUGUUGGUCGAGAUUAUGUUCGAGAUCUUACGCCUGAAGAAACUCAAGAAUUGAAGGAUUAUAUUAUGAAGAAACGAGAAUUUCAAAAAUAUUUAGCCGCAACUAUUAAUCAACUAGUACAACCGUUGUUUAGCCGAACCGCAUUUGACUUCUUUAACCUAUUCAGCGAUUCAAGAAUACAUAAAACAACAACUGAAACAACAACUACAACAGAAACAGCAAUAAAACAAGUCGAAGAACCAGUUGCACCAGAUUUUUGCACCGCAAUUUAUUAA